AUAUUCACUUCACACUACUUUCGUUUCCUUUUAUCAUACUUACUGUAGAUUUUCUGUCGCCCGUGUCAUCAUUUAUUAGUAUAUCAAAAUGAGUGACGAAGAAAGCCAACAGAGUUCAUCUGAAGAGGAGACUGAGAAAGAGAAACGUGAUAAGGAGGAAGAACGUAAACGCAGGGAGGAAGAGGUAGCUCAAGAAAGACAGCGUAAACAAGAGGAGAAGAAGCGUAAAGAAGCUGAAGAAGCCUCAAAGAAACAACGUAAACCUGGCCAGAAACGUAAAGGUUUAGGUGGUUUGUCGAAGGAGAAGAAACGACUGUUGAAACAACUGAUUAUGCAAAAAGCUGCUGAUGAAAUGAAAGCUGAGAUGAAACGACGACAGGAGGAACGUGAAACCUUUUUACGUGGGAAAGUAGAACCGUUGAAACUUGAUGGUCUUGGUGAAAAUGACUUAACCGCUAAAGUGAAGCAAUUGUACGAACGUAUCAGACAACUUGAAGGAGAUAAAUAUGACUGGGAAGAAAAAUUAAGACGACAAGAUUUUGAGAUCAAUGAGCUUACAAUCAAAGUGAAUGACGUCAAAGGCAAAUUUGUGAAACCAGUCUUAAAGAAAGUGUCUAAAACUGAAAGUCAUAUGGCCAGAUUUGAGAAGAAGGAAGGCGGACAUUCUCUCUCUUCCUUCCGUAGUCAACUCAAGUCUACCGGUCAUAGUAAGUAUGCUCUAGAGGAGAAGGAUGAACCUGUGAAAGAAGGUUGGCGCGGUCAAUUAAAAUCUGCUGAAUAGACCUAUUUGUGAAGAAGUUUCAUAUCUAUAUAUGUUCGUUUAACAUCAGAAUGGUAAAUAUGAAUGCAUAGUUAAAAAAAUAAUUCUCUCUUAAAAAGCGUGCAUUUACGUUUGUUUAGUUACGUUCCUAUUCAAUCCUCAACUGUUUUGUCUUCAUUAUUAUGUUCUACUUCUUUGUUUCAAAUUACCAAAUAAGACUUAUAAAUACCUCUUUAUUUUAGGUGUAAUUAUGUAGUUACUCCCCUUUUCUACUUGCUUGACUUUAUUCUCAUCAAUUUAUCUUGUCAAUGUCUUGAACAUAAUUCAUAAAAAUCAUGAUUAUGUGAUUCUUAGUGAAUGUAUGUUUAUUAAUUAUAUUAAUUAUUUGUGUUUCCUAUAAUCUACUUAUACACCUUAAUAUGCGCAAUUUACGCUACUUAAACAAAGCAGCUUUGAAGUUAUUAUUCCUAAUGCUUGAUUUGCAUUUCACUACUGUUUUCCUCAUUUUCAAAAGUUUGCUGAUAACUAUUCAGAUAAAAAGUCGGUUGUCUCACUCAGUUACUUGCUCACUUACCUACUGUUCUGGCUAACCCCCCAAUGUUUAGUGUUAUAAAUAUAUGCACAUGCAAUAUUAUAUCUUCACCCAUACACUUCUUUUGUUUCUUCUUCUUAUUCUGCAGUCAGCUGACUAAUAUUUAAAUGGUGUGCAAAAACACUGUAAAACUUGAUUUUACUAAUUAUUACAAUUGAAAUUUUCAUUUAACUCUACUUUGUCCCUUUUCACUUACAUACAUUUUUUCUUUUCUUUUAUACUACACUCAUGUCAACUAUUAUUGUGCUGCUGCUGUUGUUGCCUAAUAAACCUUAUUUCCACCUUCCCAUCGUAAAAAUCAGUGAAGAAAAAUUGAAAUAAAACUACCCAACAGUUUCCUGAUUUCGUUGUUAUUUAUAAUUUCAAUACUACCGUUAAAAAGAAGAAAAAUCGAAAUGCAUAGUAGAAAUGUGGAUAACUGCAAACUGUUAGGCCCUGUUGAAAUGUGUUCAACAGUCAUUCAAUGAUUCUAAGACAUUAACAUAAUUACACAUUCGCAUAAUUUAAGAUUGGACACUAACACGUGAAAAUUAAUCUUAAGCUAACUAGUAACUGACUACAGGACGAAGUUGCCUGGUGUACCACUAAGAAGUCAUGACCAGUGGGGUCCACCAGGUCGAGUGUGAGGAAAAAUUCUCUUCAAUUUCAUUGGCAGUCAGUCGUGCUAAAAAGAAACAAGUUGACAGUAGUUGUAAUUCAUGAACCGGUAACUGGAUUCCGUUCAAGUGGCUGGAUGGUCAACAACCUCGCCUCUUAAACUGGAGGUUCUGAGUUCGAUCCUUGGCAGUAAGGUCAUGGCUGUGUACUGAUGAAGAGCCCCGAACUACAAUGAAACAGCUGUCUAGUACUCCUUGGUUUUCAGUGGUUUCUUAACUGGUGUCAGUAAGUGAUUAAAUCUGAAACCAGUCGAAUCUGAAC